CUUAGCGUCCCUUACGAAAUUUCCUCAAAGUUUCCUAAAAGUUAUAACUUACAAAAUAGCUAAAAGGAAUUAGGAAAAAUAAAAUAAAAAUCGCUGAAGACUUAAAUUAUUUGUUCUCUCGUUUCGAGUCUUUACAAGGGAACUACUCGCAUAUGAUAAUAUAGCUCUAACCAAAGCCACAGCUGAUAUCACACACACUGAAGCUUUGUAAGUUUCCAAUGGCUUCCAUAACCUCUGAAAUAGCUUCUUCUUCUUCAUUGCCCAAAUGGGAGUAUGAUGUUUUUCUUAGUUUCAGAGGCGAGGACACCCGUAAUAGCUUCACAGACCAUCUAUAUGCUGCUUUGGAUCAAAAAGGAAUUAAAACCUUUAGAGAUGAUGAAAGACUUGAGAGAGGAAAACCCAUUUCCAUGGAGCUCUUGAAUGCUAUAGAAAAGUCAAAAUUUGCAAUCAUUAUUCUAUCAAGAAAUUAUGCAUCUUCGUCUUGGUGCUUAGAUGAACUUGUAAAGAUUGUUGAGUGCAAGGAAGAUACUAGGCUAACAAUUUUGCCUGUUUUUUAUGGUGUGGAUCCCUCUGAUGUACGAAAUCAAAGGGACAGUUUUGCAGAGGCCUUUGCUAAACAUGAAGUACUUAUCAAGAACAAAGAGAAGUUGCAAUUGUGGAGAGCUGCUUUGACUCAAGUUGCCAAUCUCUCGGGAUGGGAUACACGGAAUAAGAAGGAGUCAACAAUUAUUGAGGAGAUUGCCAGAAAAUUAAUUGGUGACUUGCAUUAUUCAUACUCAGGUGUUCAUGAGGAUCUUGUUGGAAUACAAUCUCGUGUGGAGGAAAUGGAGAAUUUAUAUUUAAGCAUGGGAUUGAAUGAUGUUCUCUUUAUAGGGAUUUGGGGAAUGGGUGGAAUCGGUAAAACAACUAUUGCACAAGUUCUAUAUGAUAGAAUCCGUUAUCAUUUUGCUGGCAGUAGUUUUCUUGCAAAUGUUAGAGAAAAAAGUGGAAAUGGUGGUCUAGUUACUUUACAGAAACAACUUCUUUCUGAUAUCUUGUUUGAAAAAAAUAUUGAUAUUUGGGAUGUUCAGUGGGGAAUCAAUUUGAUAAGGAAUAGAUUAUGUCAUAAAAGGGUUCUUGUCAUUCUUGAUGAUGUGGAUCAACCUGAACAAUUAAAAGCUUUAGCAGGCAAGCGAAGUUGGUUUGGUCUAGGGAGUAUGAUCAUUAUAAUAAGUAGGGAUCAACAUUUGUUAAUUAGACAUGAAGUGGCUAAACAAAAAAUAUACAAGGCUAAGAUAUUGAAUAAUGAUGAAGCUCUUAAGCUUUUUAGUCUGAAAGCCUUCAAGCAGGACAAUCCUUUAGAAGGUUAUGAGGUGCUAUCUAAAAAAUUUAUACGUUAUGCUCAAGGCCUUCCAUUAGCACUUGAAGUUUUGGGCUCCUUCAUGUUUCGCAGAAAUCUAGAUGCUUGGGAAUCUGUACUAGGUAGACUAAAUGAAAGUCCGGAAAGGAAAAUCCUGGAUGUGCUCCAAAUAAGUUUUGAUGGCCUAAAGAUAACAGAGCAAAAAAUAUUUUUGGAUAUUGCUUGUUUCUUCAAAGGAAUGGCUAAAUAUCAUGUAGCAAAUAUACUACAAACUCUCCAUUACAAGCCAUACAUUGAUAUAGAUGUUCUUGUAGAAAAAUCUCUUAUAACCAUCUCAGCUGAUGGAAUGUUGUGGAUGCAUGAUUUACUACAAGAAUUGGGUAAGGACAUUGUUCGUUGUGAAUCUCCUAAUGAGCCUGGUGAACGUAGUAGGUUGUGGUUGAAGGAGGAUGCCCUUCAUCUACUAAUAAAUAGUUCAGUAAGUUGA